AUGUGGACGGUCGACAAAGACAGAAAGGAUCUCUUGUGGACCGUGGCUGUUUCGGCCGGUGUUACGAUUCUGUGUUUUUGCUUCGGGGGAUUCAGUGCGUCAGGUGUGACCUGGAGUGCGGCGAUCGAUGGAGAUCUGGUGCACGAUGACGUUGUGGCCAUCAUAAGGAAUCCCGAUGUUGUGGGCAGUGGAACAGGCUGGUUGACAUCGAUAUGGACAAAUGAUUUUUGGGGAACUCCUAUGUCGAGUCCGGAAUCGCACAAAAGCUAUCGUCCUCUCACAGUUCUGACAUUCAGGUUGAACUACCUGUUCGGAGGACUUCGUUCGAGGAGCUACCACGUGACAAAUGUUGUCCUACAUUUCAUCUGCUGUGUACUUUUGAGCACUCUUGCGAAAUGUCUGACGACAUCUCAUAGCGGCAAAUCGAAAACCGCUGCAACGGCUCACAGCAGCGGCAAAGCUGAGCAAACGACCUCGUCGAAUGCUUGGUCCGAGAACGAUUCCUUGUUUCUGCGCCUGGCCCUCGUCACCAUUUUCGGAGUUCAUCCCAUCCACACCGAAGCUGUUACAUCGAUCGUGGGCAGGGCGGACGUACUCUGCGCGGUAUUCUACCUCGCAUCGAUUCUAUGCUUCAUCAAAUCAUGCGAUGAAGCUCAAGCCACGAUCGGCGAGUUCCCGCACGAACGGAACCAAAGGAACAACGUCAGAGCACAGACUGCGAGUGAUAGCCAGUUCUUCAACUUGGGGGCCAGAGCUCCGACGCAUUUAUGGUUGGCGAUGGCUCUCGGAGUGAUGUCAAUGCUCAGCAAGGAACAGGGAAUAACUGUGUUCGGAGUGCUGAUCGUGUACCGGCUGCGACUCCUCUGCAAACGACCUUCAGCCUUCCAUUGUUCCCCGAUGAACCAGCGCAACGUAUCAACCCGCUGCAGCCAGAUCGUCAACUGGUUCACAGCCGAUGAUCAUCUCGUGACUUCGUGCGUCACGUUAGCGGGUCUAUUCAGCUUUCGAGUGUUUCUCUUGGGGGGCUCCCUGCCGAAGUUCUCUGAGCACGACAAUCCAGCCGCACACGACCCUCAUUUGCUCACCAGGUUUUUGACGUACAGCUACUUGACUGCCUUCAACAUAAAACUCCUUCUAUACCCAGCUGUUCUGUCCUACGAUUGGCAGAUGGGUUCCGUGCCGGUCGUGCAUUCCGUGCUCGACACUCGGAACCUCGCAACUGUUGCCUUGUUGGUUUGCGCGGGACGCAUCGUACGACACGAAACCGUACUCACUCAAGGGAUCCAGUGCGGGACGGAAAACGGCCAGCCGCUAUUCUUGGUUGCCGUCGCUCUCCUCUGUCUCCCGUACAUUCCGGCUUCCAAUCUCUUUGUCACGGUCGGAUUUGUCGUCGCUGAGAGAAUUCUCUAUAUACCGAGUAUGGGUUUCUGUUUAAUGCUCGUCGAAGGAUUCCGCCGGCUUCUGCACCACAUGCAGAGAUCGGCCAACGGACGUCGAUGCAUCGAGUGGAACCGGAGACAGAAAUUUUUGGUGCUCAUCCUGAUCCUCUGGGCGGCGGUUGCCGCCUUGCGUACGGUGCGUCGCAACGUCGUGUGGACGUCCCGCGAAGCUCUGUUCGAAUCCGGAGUCCGUGAGCUGCCCACCAAUUGCAAAAUGCACUACAACUUCGCCAACAUGAUGCGAGACAUCGGACGACGCAAUAGCGCUAUCGAGCAUUAUCAGAAAGCCGUUGACUUAUGCCCCAACCAUGCGUCAGCUCACAAUAACCUCGGCACCGUUGUGGCAUCGCAGUCGGAAGCCGAAAAACACUUUCGUCUCGCGAUCAACAUAAAUCUCGAGCAUGCCGGGGCUCACUACAACUUGGCGAUGUUGUACAGGAAAAGAGGCCAACUGAAGCUCGCGAGAGCUCUUCUGGAGAGAUCCUUAGCUCUGGAUUCAUCAUUGGCAGAGGCUCUCUCGUCCCUGGCCGACCUCGAGGGUCUGCAGGGUCAAUCUCGCCUGGCGGAAAACUUGCACAGGAAAGCAAUUCAAUUAAAUGGUCAAAGUGCGCCCAUCCGGAACAACUACGGAACGUUUUUGCAAUCACAAGGUCGCCUACUCGAAGCCUCCGAACAGUACAAGCAAGCGAUUGCCCUCGAGCCGGACAACACCGUGGCGGUGGUGAACGCAGCCGAAACGAUGAAAUUCCUUCGUGCAGACCACGAAGCGGAGAAGUUGUACAAAAGGGCGCUCGCGCUGGAAUCCGACCCGGAAGUGAUGGAUCAGCUGGCGGUUCUCUACGUCAAAAGCGAAAGAUUCCAAGAGGCUCAGACAAUAUUCGAAGAGAUCCUCAGCAUCCAUCCGGGACAUCUGCCCGGCCGACUCCAUUACUCUCAAAUGCUGAUGCGGUUGGGCCAUAUGGACGCCGCGGAGGAAAUCCUCCAGGAAACCCUGAAUCGGAACGCGGGAUUCCGCGACGGUCUCCGGCAGCUGGCGUUGCUCUACAGCUUCACCAACCGAACCAUGGAGGCUUCGGAGUGGAUUCAGAAGGCCAUCCGUUUGUGUCCUGAAGGAGCUGCUGAAUGCGCUCCUCUGCAUGCCGACUACGGAGACAUUCUCAAGGACAUGAGCAACCUGAAUCGCUCGGCAGAGUGCUAUGUUGAAGCAAUCAAGCUGCAGCCGGACCUUUCGCACGCUCAUAUCAAUUUGGGAGUGAUCCGCCACCUACAGGGUGACUUCUCGUCCGCGUUCCACCACUACACCAUCGCGUACUCGCUGGAUCCUAACAAUACCCUGGUAGUGGAGAACAUGGAGAAACUACGCAAGAGAAUUCUGAAGUCGUUCCGACAACACAGCACGACGAUCGAUGCUGCUUUCGAAAUGAGCUGA